AUAAUUUAUAGCAAUAAUCGUCAAAUAUGGCGACCAAGAAGGUUGGUGGAUUAUGUGUUUCUCUUACUAAAUUGUAUAGAGGAAAUGCACCCACGAUAAGUACAUUAACCCAGCGUACGUAUGCAACUAUAGAUGAGGGUGACACUAAAGUCACCCAUACGGGUCAGGUGUUUGAGAAAGAUGACUAUCGAUUGGUAAGAUUUAUAAAUAGACCAAAGGAAGUCAAUGAGAAUUGGGCUAUCAAAUUGAUAGAUGAAGUACCACCAGCCCUCGCAAAAGACAGAAUUGUGGCUUGUGAUGGUGGUGGUGGUCCACUUGGACACCCAAAAGUUUACAUAAAUCUAGUAGGAUAAACCAGGCAAUCAUAUUUGUGGUUACUGUGGUCUGCGCUUCUACAAGGAGGACCAUCAUUAGAUAACCAUUGUACAUGGGUAGUUAUAUGAUUAAUAAUUUAUGAAUAUUUUAGAAUGCAAUAUUUGUUGUAACAGGAUAAAAUAAAAUUGGUAUGACAUAGUAA